ACCGGACACUGGCCACACAGUUGUAUAGUAGCGUGUAAACGUCUGGAAAACAGCGACGAAUAGAGAGAGAAGGGAAGAAAGUGAUGUACUGGGACACUGUCAUCAAACCUGGAGACAGACACACAGACAGCAAAGACUCGGAAGUAAAGAUGGAGAUUUGCCAGACUGGAUAUUACACAGAAGACUUCAGGACACAGGAAGUGCCAGCUGGCUUCGACUUUGCAUCCUAUGACUACCAUGGUGAAGACCUGUCUUUUCUGUUAGACAGUAAAGCACCUGCACAGCAGCAGUAUCCAGCAGAGAGCAGCUACCCAGAGCCACCAAAAGCUUCUCAUCCUUACGACACCAAAGUGAGCACCAGUGACACUGCUCUCUUCAACCUGGACUCAUACCAGGAGUUCAACUGGUGGGCCUCAUAUCCACAUGCAGAUGGACUGACAGUAGAUCAGUCUCAAACUGGAUUCCAGGGGUCUCCACAGACAUACCAGAGCCUGGUGCCCCAGAGUGGACAGUUCAGCCCAGCCAUGGAAGACAGCCACAGCCCCUUUGUAACUGGAAAAGGAUCAACCGCGUUACAAAGUGAGACAGAUCAGAGCUACUAUGACUCUGACGGACAGAGGCACUCGUCGUCCUUCUGGCCUGAUUACUCAUCUCCCAGUUUCACUGCCCCACUACCACACCCGCCUCAGGCCUCCUGCCCUGCCAGCUCCAGCCCUCACUCGUCAGAGCAGUACUGCCCCCGUAUGGCCAAACGCAAAAACACACACCCACAGAGGCCAGACCGGGAGGGCCACAUGACCGGAAUGUCAGCUUAUCCAGGUUCUGGUCCAAUCCAGUUGUGGCAGUUUUUACUGGAGCUACUUUUGGACUCUGCCUGUCGUACCUUCAUCUCCUGGACAGGAGACGGCUGGGAGUUUAAGAUGUCCGACCCCACAGAGGUGGCCAAGCGCUGGGGACAGUGCAAGAACAAACCCAAGAUGAACUAUGAGAAGUUGAGCCGUGGCCUGCGUUACUAUUACCACAAGAACAUUAUCCACAAGACGGCAGGUAAACGCUACGUCUACCGCUUUGUCUGCGACAUCCAGGGCAUGCUGGGAAAGACGGCACAGGAAGUACUGACCAGUCUGAACGUUUUGCCCACAAACACCGAGUCGUGGCAGUGCCCUGGGGUGCCAACGGCGGUGACGUCACAGUAGGAAACGGGUGCCUGGACUGGAAUGGUGCUGCUGGCUGAGAGUGACCAGCAUAUUUUACCAGAGUACUACAUCCUACAAAGGGAACACUGCCUCUUCAAGCCCUGGCUGAACUACAGUAUCCUCGUAGGGUGAUGUUGUCACAGUCAGACCAGGAACCAGUUUGUAGAUGCUGCAUUUCAGGGAAAAAAGAAAUCAUAAAUUCACCAUGCAGUCAGUCUUUAAAGAUAAUGUUACCUUUUCUUAAAUAAUAGAUAACACUAAAUGGAAGUCUUCCAAUACCUGACCCACAAACAUAAAUCUGCUUAACCUCAGGGCUAAACAACUGCAGCACAGGAACUAUCCAAGUAGCAUUUGAAGCACUAUAAACACAUGCUUUUUGCAACAUCUGGGGCCAUAUUUUCAUUUGAUGUGUUUGUAAGGAGCUAAUGAUUUGUAAAUACUGUUUAUAUGAACCCAUAUGUAGAGUUUUGUGCAUUUAUAUAAUUUUUUUUUAAAUACAAAACUCAUGUCUACCUCUGUUGAUAAUCGGAAUAACAAACUGAGAUCAUUUUCUGGCACUCACUGUGAAAGUUUUAGCCUGUGUGAUGAUUGUUUAGUGUAAAUAAACUGUAUAUAAACAUA